AUGAAGAUUAUCUUAUCAUUAUUAAUAAUUCUAUUGUUUGUCGUCUCUGUCUUUGCAGAAGAAAACUUUUCAACACAGAAGACUGGCCAAGACUUUUCUCUUUUUGUGGAAUCCCGUGAAAAUUGUCCGGAUCAUGAGACGUCCUUUUGCGAGGAAGAAAACUCUUCGAGGGCUUGUGGUGAAUGGAAUUGUCCAGAUGGCAUUUCAGAGUUUUCCUAUUGCACGGUUGUCGUUGAAAACAAUUCAGGGAGUCAAGAAUACCACAGAGCUUGCAGUUGCCAUACAAACGUAGGACCGUUUAACGUCUUCACGGGAUGCAAGUGGGAAAUGCAAGAGACAAUUACAAUAUCCACAACAACCUCAACAACAACCUCAACAACAACAUCAACAACAACAUCAACGACAACAUCAUCGACAACAUCAUCGACAACAGCAACGACAACGACCACGACAUCAAGGACCACGGCAGCUGCAUUCCCUCUAAAAUCAGAAGCCUCCGAAAAAAUGCUUCUUGAUGCUGAGCUUCUCGGAAGCCUUAAAAAUUACGAAGAAGAGCCUGAAAAAGUAGAGGAAUAUUACGAACCCUAUCGACCCUAUCCGAUCUCAAGCAGGCGGAGUCAUCAAAGAGAGUGGGAAGGAGGAAUGGGGAAGACAAUUAUAGGAGAAGAUGGAACUUACGUUCAUGCUUUCGAACUGAUGCAGAGAAUUCAGCGAAUGAUGUUCGAAGAAGGUCUAUUUUCACUUUAUCAUUGA